AUGAAGUUUGUUAUCGCUGUACUGGGCCUCGUGGCCGUUGCACUGGCGCACCAGUCGGAAUACGCUAUUCCGACAUUCGAUCCAGACACGGCGCCCCAUUUCGCUAGUACUGGUCUCGUGUACCCCUCGACUGCCAUUGCUGUACCCACUGCUUCAGGCGCCCCCUCUACGACUUCAUCCUGCGCCAGCUCUUCGGCAGUGCGCGUUUCCAGCGCCAUGACCAACGCUACGCUUUCGACGCUUACCUCGCUGAAGCCCACUACCACCUUCCCUUUGUCUUCGUCUUCUCCGUCUUCUCCAUCUUCCACGUCUCACUCGUCUCACACGUCUCAUUCGUCCCGCUCUAUCAGCGAGUCGCAUACUGUGACUUCUAUGGCCACAAGUCCUACGGCCGUAGAGACCACGGCAAGUGCAUCGGCUCCGGUAGCAACGGGUGCGGCUGCAAUCAACUUUCCAGAGGCUAUUGGCGUCAUGCUUGGAGGUCUCGCGGCUGCUUUGGUGGUGCUUUAA